AUGUAGCGUCAUUCGCCAUACUUAUUUUCAGUGAAGGCGGUAUUGGGUGUGUCAUAAUGAAGAUUAUGUAUAUAAUUUUGGUGUUUGUCUUUUUACAAGCAGUUAGUGGACAACGUACACCAACCAUAUCCCAUAUAACUCAAGAGCAAAUUAAAGAUAUUGGAGAGAGUGUUGAAUUUCGUUGCUCUGUUCAAUAUGCACAAGAUUUCCCAGUAAUUUGGAUAAAAAUUAAUAAAGAUAGCGCGAAUGAUCAGUUACCUCUUUCGCAUGGUAGUUCAUUAAUCAUAACAGACACAAGAUUUGCUCUGAAACACGAUGAGGCAACAUCUACCUUUAUAUUACAGGUGAAAGACAUACAGGAAACUGAUGCUGGAUUUUAUCAAUGCAAAGUUUUAAUAUCCUUAAAUAAUUAUGUAACUGCAAAUGUUGAACUGCAAGUUCGCAGACCACCUGUUAUUAGUGAUAAUUCUACUAGAUCUCUUGUAGUUAGCGAAGGACAACCUGUGCAACUUGACUGUUACGCAGGUGGAUUUCCUUCGCCUAGAAUCUCAUGGCGUAGAGAAAACAAUGCUAUUUUACCAACUGGUGGAUCAAUUUAUCGUGGGAAUACAUUGAAGAUUUCGGCAAUUCGUAAAGAAGAUCGCGGAACGUAUUAUUGCGUUGCCGAAAACGGAGUAGGACGAGGUGCUAGACGUAACAUUAACGUGGAAGUUGAAUUCGCACCUGUGAUCACGGCACCCAGACCACGACUUGGUCAAGCUUUACAAUAUGACAUGGAUUUGGAAUGUCACGUAGAAGCUUAUCCUCCACCAGCUAUCAUAUGGUUAAAGGAUGAUGUUCAAUUGUCGAAUAACCAGCAUUAUAGCAUAUCACACUUUGCAACUGCAGAUCAGUAUACUGAUACAACCAUCAGGGUGAUAACAGUUGAAAAGAGACAAUAUGGAGAAUAUGUUUGCAGAGCUGCUAAUAAAUUAGGAACUGCAGAAACAACGGUCGAACUGUUUGAAACAUCUGUCCCUGUGUGUCCACCAGCUUGUGGUCAAGCUAUUUAUUAUGGGGCUGGAGUAGAACGAGUUUCUUCAGGACUUUUGGUAGUCUUAGUUUUAUUUAUUACGGUUUCUCUGAGAAAUUUCCACUCCCAAUAUUAAUUAUCCCGGACUUCAAUGGGCAACAGCAAGUCGAUGCAGCUCCUCCAAAUGGUUGCUGUUAUUACUAUCAGGGUUGGGAAAGUUACUUUAUAAAAAUAUCUAGUUACACUUACAGUUUUUUCGCUAAAAGUGUAACUAGUUACAGUUACAAGUUACCAAUUCUAAAAAGUAACUCGUUACAGUUACAGUUAUUGAAGAAAAGUAACGAGUUACUUGACAGUUUUUGGAAUAAAAAUAUGUAAAAGGAUCCCGGACCACUGAUAAAUUUAUUUUCUUGCUACAAUUAUAAUUCUAUAAAGUUACGCAUAAUACUCAAUAAUACCUAAUAUUUUACUCAAAAUUUUAAUAAAAGUUUUUAUUACAUUUUAACAGUAUUUGGUAUUGAAUUAUGUCAUCAAGGAGGAGUCCUCUUUGUGGCGUUAUGACGGAACCACCGACGCUAAACAUCCGUUCAACAGAUGCACUACGCGGAAGUGCCGUGUUAUAUUUUAUAAAAUGUUUCUUGAUUGCACUGUUUAACAUACUGAUAUUGCAGUUACUCGAUUUUAAGAAUCGAUACAAUUCUUCUUGUACGGACUCAAUUUCAUUGGUUUGCUUGUUAAAAGCAAAAGAAUCAUCGUAGUCGUCGAGAUUUUGUUCAAGAAUUGGAGAACUCUCAGCAGAACGGAUUCCUAAUAAAUCUUCUAAAUAGAGACAUUUUUCGUUUUAUUAUGAAGAUCGAAAUAUAUAUAAAGUAACUUUUAAACUAACUAUUAAAACAGUUACUAGCUAUCAAAAAUAUGUAACAAAAGUUAAGUUAGAGUUACCGAAAAUAAGUAACUGUAACUGUAACUUCGUUAAAAAUAACGAGUUACUUCCCAACCCUGACUAUGGUUUACCAUUUUUCAUAAAUACUAUACAUAAUAUUAUAUUAUACAUACAUAAAUCUAGGGGCCUGAUUUGUUUUUGACUCUUUCUAGAUAAUUAUUUUUAUAGUUAUUUACAAACGAAAUUAAUUGACGAUUAGCGAAUAUAACGAAAUUCUUAGGGGCCAGCAAUAUAAUGCAUGUUGGCAAGGUACAAACUUACAUUCCAGAUAAAGUACACAGUUAUGCCUAGUUAAAAGGAAGAAAAUUAAUAUUACCGAGUACCAAUAGUUUGAUAUAUAUCCUUACUAAUAUAUAAAAGUGAAAAUGCUGAUCGUUAUUUCCUCUUUCACAAUUAAACGGCUAAACGGAUUUUAAUGAAAUUUGCACUGUUGGAGAGCUUAUUCUUUCAAGAUGGCCAUAGGCUAACAAAGAAGCAUUAAAGAAUUAGUUUGGUAAUACUCGGCAUUGCAACCUAGACUUUUUUUUUUGGCAUUCGUUUUCUUAUUCAUGUGUUACGUUGCACUUGCCAAGUGGAAACCGUCAUGUUUUAGAAAUGUAACAAGAUCGACUUACCAAAUCGCUGUUUUAAUAAUACAAGAUAAUAUAAUAGCUUGCUAAGGUUUCUGUGUUCGCCUGAUGAUUUCUAAAACACCAAAGAAUGAUAAGACUUUUGCCGAUCUCGCACCCGUCGCGGCGAAAAUUGAACCAAACGAAACGAGAACAUUCCUUUGUUCAAAUUUGUCGUUAGAUCCUUUCGUCAGGCAAUUUCUUGGAAUUUCCGAUAGUGUUUAUUGUCUUAAACGACCCUUGAUUUCAAACGUCGUUCGCUUUCGUAAGGGUUCUCAUUCCUUUCUGUCAUUGUUUAAAUACAUUUACAUUCGUCCACUUUUUCAUACUAUCAUUUUGUUCAUAUAACAAUGAUCCUUGUUGGAUCGGCUGAGAGAGAAAGAGCGUUCUACAAAAGAAGUUAUCAUGGUCUUCCUAUUUCUACUCAAUUAAUCGGGAAAAUUCCCGUAAUGCGAAGCACUGGUGUUUACGCUAACGUCUAUGUUUCCCUCGAGCGAACUCAAGUUUUUGUGCGUUGAGAUGUGUUACAAAUACUAUUGAAAACUAUUAUAAACUCAAACUCUCCCUUGUACAUCCUCACAUUGAGAAAUUCUCGUAACCCAAAAGGGCUUGAUAAGGGACGCAAAGCGGAUAAAUUUCAAUUUUUCGCCGGGGCGUAACACAUGUCGUAUUAGAUGACAAAGAAAUAUUUGUCAUUAAAAUAAAAAAAAUGCGCGAACACUCUCCAAACGUCACUGCUGUUAAUCUAAAGAGGAACAAAUGAUCAGACACUUGCACUUUUAUAUAUUAGUAAGGAAGUAGGGAUAAUAAUAGUUGAUUAAAAUUCCCGGGCAGAGCCGGGUAACGCAGCUAGUUAUAGAUAUGUAUAUUAUAUCAUCUUUUUCAUAUAUCAGUGCAACUGAUAAACACGAACGAAGUGAUUGAUAAUAAUGUUACGAAUAUAUUAUAUAUAGGUAUAUACAUAUAACGAUGCAGCCUUCCAGACAGUUCUGGUAGGAGCUCAAAAGUGCAGCAAUACAAUUUAAAUACUUGUUAAUGCUCUAUUAGAAGAAUUGGAAAUAAUAUUAAUAAUAACGAUACUCUAUAGCUACCAUGUUAUGUAAAGUUCGGCAAACGAGAAGGGAAAAAUGAAAUGUUAGUGUAUCACGAUCACGAUGCGAAGCAUGUAAUUUGUUUUAGAUCUAGAUUUAAUGGUUAUAUAUUGUAGAUGAAAUUAUUUAUACGAUCUGAACUAGAAUAUUUUAUAUCGUGUGUUAUUAAGCGCAUAGACUGCAUACUCAUAACAGGGAUCUUUCGUCGUCUCGUCGAGACAAACAUGCGGUACUAUAAGCACAGAUGAACCUAGAAUCUCAAGUAUGUAAGAUUUUUGAUGACCUUUUUACGAGUUUGCAAUUUUAUAUUUACCUUUAGACUAAUAUGGAUUUUAAUAAAUGAAAAUUUCAA